GGACUGUGUGUGCCCGCCGAUCAGCAGCACCAGGCGGCCGCCAGCUUCAUCUACUCCACCCCGCAUGGACCCGCCGCCAGAGCCGGCCUACUGCAACCCACACUGGGGCGCCCUCCGGCCAAGCGGCGGCUGGAACUUGGAGAUGGAAGUCAACAGUAUCUUUCUGAAGGGCUAAAAACACCAAAAGGCAAGGGAAGGGCAGCUGUGCUUUGUCCAGAUAGCCCAAAAACUCCAAAGUCUCCUUUGGAAAAGACUCGUUAUGACACUUCACUUGGGCUGUUGACAAAGAAGUUCAUUCAGCUGCUCAGCCAGUCCUCGGAUGGAGUUGUGGACCUUAACAGAGCUGCGGAAGUCCUUAAAGUGCAGAAAAGAAGAAUUUAUGACAUUACAAAUGUAUUAGAAGGCAUUCAUCUCAUAAAGAAGAAAUCAAAGAACAAUAUUCAGUGGAUGGGCUGCACUCUGCCUGACGAUGGAUGCAACAUGGCACGGUGUCAAGGACUAUCCAAGGAACUGUCGGAACUGAGUCAGGAAGAGGCUAAACUAGAUGAGUUAAUAAAGAGCUGUACCCUAGACUUGAAACUUCUAACUGAGGAUUCAGAGAACCAAAGGUUGGCCUAUGUAACCUAUCAAGAUAUAAGGAAAAUUAGUGGCCUUAAGGAUCAAACCGUUAUUGUUGUCAGAGCUCCCCCUGAAACUAGACUUGAAGUGCCUGAUCCUGUUGAGAGUUUACAAAUACACUUGUCCAGCACCCAAGGAGCAAUUGAAGUGUAUUUAUGCCCUGAAGAAAGUGAAUCAAAUAGUCCAGUGAAGCAAAGCCAUCCGGAUCUAAAUGGGAAUAUCUCAAAACCAAACUCCAAAGAAUUACUAUCACCGAACAUAGAAAACUGCACAAUGGAAGUGAUUUCUCCUUUGACCUCUCCAUCAAACCUUCUGCAGCAAACAGAAGAUCAAAUACCUUUAAGCCUUGACAACCCUUUUGUGAACUUGCUCCCUCCCCUUAUGCACGAGGAUUAUUUACUAAGUCUUGGAGAAGAGGAGGGCAUCAGUGAUCUUUUUGAUGCGUAUGAGCUAGAAAAAACUUCCGUCUCUUGA